GUGGACGAAAAAAUUUUUUUUCGGAUUAAUGCUUCUCUGGAUCGUCAUAAAAAAAGUUGAUCCAAACCAAUGUCUGACUGCGAUUGACGAAGUAAAUCCUAAAAGAUACGCUAUUCUAGAUGGUAAAUACAUAGACAUUUACUUGGAAAUAUCCCGAAGAGUAACGCAAAGACUUGUCACUAGGGUAACAAAGAUAUUUUUACAAGAAGUUUUAGGAUAUCCUGAUGUAGUUAUUGUUGAAAAAGAAGACGAAUCCAACAUAACUGCAACAUUUUCCAGAUUAUACAAUCCUCGCAGUCUCAGAACUCCUGAAUCAAUGGUCAACAUGGAAGUUUGGGUACCUCCUCAAAUAGACAUCAAAGCGUUACGGACCAAGCAUGAUGUAUUGGAAGCUGGCGUGGUUAGAUCACCAGGGUACUUGGGUUGGUUUAUACCAGCAAAAUUAUUUAAAAUAAAUGAUAGUAGCUGGUUGACUUUUACAAAACAAGAGACAGCUGGCCGCUUUGACGUUGACGAUUUUAAUUUGAAAAAAAUCAUGAGUGCUACUUUGAAAUCUGAAGAAGAGUACUACUGUCAAGAAGAAUUUUGUCAAAAGGGAAUGUACAUUCCCCCUCAGUGUCAAUCUUACAAGAAAAAUGUACAACCUUGUGCUCUGUUACUUUCUGAUUAUUCUUACGCGACAAAGUUUAUAAAAAAUCACAUUGAUCAUUGGAAGUUGUAUGUAAAAGUUGCUUGGGUAGGUCCUCAUUUGAGACAAAUUGUCAAGUCUUUAACAAAAGAAUACUUGUUACCAAAUACGUCCCAACCUACUAAGUCUUUGGUAAUUUUGCAUUGGACGCCUAGUUACAUUAUACCAAAUCAGAGAGAAUUUGUUAACGUCGACUUUCCAAAAUGUGGGUCUCGAGGUUAUUCUGAAGGAUGUGAGUAUGAAUUACGAAGAUUGGAAAAAUUUGUGUGGAAUGAAUUGGAGCUCACAGCCAAAUUAGCUUUUGAAGCAAUCAAUCGAAUUCAAUUUUCGGAUGAAAUGUAUGAAAAUCUAAUUAAUAGUUAUAAUGAAAAAUUGGUGAAUAACUUCAAUAAUUUAUACAAGUCAUCGGUUAUCGAACAUGAAGUAGCUUGUGACUGGUUGAAAAAAAAUUUAAAUUAUACUCUAUUAAACUGGAAGCCUGUCAAUGAAAAUAAAAAUAUGCUGGUAGUUGGAGGUAUUUUUCCGAUGACUGGUAGUUUUUAUACAGCUAAAUCUAUCGUUUUGGCAGCAAAAAUGGCUAAAAUAGCUAUUAAUCAAAAUAGUACCGUUUUACGAGAUUAUAAUUUAAAUAUGCUGAUAGGUGAUGGGCAGUGUAAGUCAGAAAUGGUUUUAAAAUCAUUUAUUGAAUACCUUCAGCAUCCCAAGUAUCAACAAAUGAUUGGAAUUCUCGGACCUGCUUGUUCAGAAACAAUAGAGCCUCUUGCUGGGGUAUCAAAUCAUUAUCCUUUUGUAAUUAUGAGCUACUCUGCCGAGGGUUCUAGUUUAAAUGACAGGACAAGAUACCCAUACUUUUUCCGAACUAUUGGAGCAAAUCGACAAUACAAAUACAUGUACUUAGAGUUGUUGAAAAAAUUCAAUUGGCAAAGAGUCGCAGCAUUUUCUGAAGAUGGUUUAAAAUAUACAGAGUAUAUAUCAUACAUGCAAGAUUUGCUAAGAGAAAAUGGCAUAACUUUUGUUGCCAAUAUAAAAUUUCCAAGAGAGGCACAACUAGAAUUGUUAACCAAUCAUUUGGAGGAUCUUAAACAAAAACGAGCAAAAAUAAUAAUAUCUGAUGUUUACGAUCCAGUAGCUCGAUUUAUCAUGUGUAAAGCUUAUAAACUAAAAAUGACUGCUAUUCAGGGUUACGUAUGGUUCCUUCCGCCAUGGCUACGAAACGAUUGGUUUGACACUGAUUCAUAUAAUAGUCGAGGCGAAAAUACACCUUGUUCAACUGUUGAAAUGAAAGAAGCUAUCAAUGGCUAUUUAGCCAUUUCUCAUGCAAAUUUUGCGCCUGAUAAUAAUAUUAUGCAAGAAGGAAAAACGGUACGGCAAUGGCGCGAUAUAUAUGAAAGAAAUUGUGCUUCUCAAAAAGAAUCCCCAUCGCCUUACGCUGGAUAUGCUUACGACGCCAUGUGGACCCUUGCUUUAGCAGCUGACCAAUUAUUAAAAGAGAACCAAAGCUAUGUUUUUGAGCUCCAUUCGGAACGUACGAUAAAACGACUCACUGAAAUUGUAUCCAAGACUGACUUCAACGGGGUUUCCGGUAGGAUUAAAUUUGUAGAAGGGCCAUCACGAUUUCCUGUGAUCAACAUUCGUCAAAACAUUGAUGGAAAAACUCAAACAGUUGGAUAUUUUCAUCCAAACAUCUCGGAAGAAACAAAUUUAGUUAAAGGAGGAAAUUUAGUUUUAAAUACCACUGACAUUAAAUGGCUAUUUGGAAAGAUACCAGAUGAUGGAUCAUUUUCACCAUACGAUUGUAAUUUUCCAUUGAUUGCUGGAAUUUUUGAUCUUUCGUGUGAAGGUUCAAAUGUAGUUUUCAUUGUCGCAAUAUUCAUGCUUUUUUUCAUGUUGAUUAGCAUUCUGUUUUAUAUUUGGAAAAGACGCUAUGACAAAAGGUUAAUGGAACAAGAAAUUCUCAUGAAAUCUUUAGGUAUUGAUCUCGAACAAACUUACGAUUCAGCAAGUCUUGAUAAAUGGGAAAUACCGAGAGAAAAUGUUGUUAUCAAUCGGAAAAUUGGCGAAGGGGCAUUCGGAACCGUGUAUGGAGGUGAAGCAUUCUUUGAUGGAAAAGGAUGGCUUGGUGUUGCUGUUAAAACGUUAAAAAUUGGGAGCAGUACUGAAGAAAAACUCAAUUUUUUAAGCGAAGUAGAAGUAAUGAAGAGAUUCGAUCAUAAAAACAUUGUUCAGUUGUUAGCAGUAGUAUUAAAAAAUGAACCGGUGCUAACGAUCAUGGAGUUUAUGCUUUACGGUGAUUUAAAAACGUAUUUAUUGGCUCGACGGCAUUUAAUUAAUAAAAAUCAAGAUCAUAAUUCGAAAAUUCACGAAGACAUGAGUGAAAUAUCGAACAAAAAGUUAACUGCAAUGGCCCUCGAUGCUGCAAAAGCAUUAAGCUAUUUAGCUCAACUAAAAUAUGUGCAUAGGGAUGUUGCCUCUCGAAAUUGUCUUGUAAAUGAUCAACGAGUAGUCAAACUAGGCGAUUUUGGUAUGACCAGGCCCAUGUAUGAAAACGAUUACUAUAAAUUUAGUAGAAAAGCCAUGCUUCCGGUUCGAUGGAUGGCUCCUGAAUCCUUAGAGCUAGGAGUUUUUACACCGGCCUCAGACAUAUGGUCUUAUGGUGUUCUGUUGUACGAAAUUAUAACGUUUGGAAGCUUUCCUUUCCAAGGAAUGAGCAACAAUCAAGUUCUUACGUACGUGAAAUCUGGAAAUUCCUUAGUAGUACCAAAGGGUGUUAAAUCACAAUUAGAAGACUUAAUGGUAUCUUGUUGGUCAAAGGAUCCUUCUAAAAGACCAACAGCACCAAAAGUUGUAGAAUUUUUGACAAAUUAUCCUCGAGUGAUUGCACCAAGUCUUGAUGUUCCUCUUGCAAGUGUACAACUUGAACACACCGGUCAGAUAGAAAUGCGCAUGGAUUCAACAAACAGGCAACCAUCAUUCCCGUGGUCAGAAGAGGAUGCACGUUGUCAAAUUGGAAGUAACCUACCAUUGGUUAAUAUAAGUAAUUCCUUUUCGAAAAAUGAAAACGUUAAUGAUAUGAUAGGAAUUGAGUGUGUGUCUGAUUUAGAGAGUACAAAACCAUUGCUUAGUAUAAAAACAGAUUCUGUUCCCAGUACUAGUAGCAAUACAAGUUUAAAUUACGUCAACAUGCCACAAAGUUUCUCUCGCGUACACUUUUAGUUGUGCCUCACAGAAAUUUUAUCAUAUAUAGCAUACCUGUAAGUGAAUGUAAAUCACGUUUGAAAAUGAAAAGUAUGAAUGAUUUAUAAUUGUUGUGAGAUACCAACUUACAUCUACGAUAUAAAAAUAUUUUUAUGUCAGCACAUGCCACGAAAAAAAAUUUCAGGAUAACGUAUAAGAAACAUUCCUAACAGAAACAAAAUCUUAUCUAGCUUUUACUGUAAGUAUAGAAAUAUUAAAAUCUAAGUCACUCUACCACUUAAUUUAUAAGUUUUAAGCCCGUAUAUGUAUGUAUAUAUUGACGUCAGAUUUCUUUAUAGUCAAUUUCUUAAAAGUUAAUCAUCCAUUAAUAUGGUUACUUUAUACACAAAUGAUUUAUUGUUAAAAUUCAAGACUGAUUGUAAAUAAAAACUGUAGUUUACUAGUACAACUAUUGAAUACUGUGACAUUAAGAUUCUAGCGUUACUUCUAAUUCAAGUUUAUUCCAAAUUAUAUAUGACCAUGACAGACACGUGCAAUAUCAAGAUUCUUAAUAAUUCAAAGUUCUUACUAUUUUGAAAAAGAAUUUUUUGCAAUAUUAAUAUAAUUUUUAUUAAUACAAAAUUUUUAGGAAUAUUUACGAUAAAAUAUAAGUUUUUAUUUAAUUUAAAUUUAAAUUUGAGAUAUGUAACUUAUAAUAAUACUAUAGUACUACAACAAUAAGGCCAAAAAUAUGUGGAUGUAUGAAUAUACAAUUGUAUCCUUGGCAGUGAUUAAUAUAUUUACUCAAAGUUUAUAAAUUAGUAGGUCAUACUUCAGUCGCUAAAAUCACUUUGGUUAAAUUGAGCUGUUGUUUCUAAAAAUAAUCGAAGUUACUCUACCACUCAAAUAUACAUUCAUCGUACGAAAUUUUUCUUACUUAAUAUUAAUAGAAUAUGUUUGUUUUAGUUUUACAAAUGGAUAUUCUUUGUUAAAAAUGGCUGUGAUGUAUAAAUGAUAUUUAAAAAGAAUGAAAUAUAUUUUUAUAUACAUGUAUAACUUAAAACGAUAGCACUUAAUACACUGAUUUUAUUUUAAGAACCCUUAUGAAGCAUACAAAUCUGUAAAAAAAAAAAAGAACG